AUGAGUGCCUGGUUUCACAAUAGGUGCACGUUCAAGGACCAGUACGCGCUCUGGCACACCAUCCUAAAGCUCGCGUCGAGGUUCGGGUGUUUGGACUACGACGAGGUCUUCGGUGCGAAUUGGCGCACCGACAAAGAAAGUAUGUGCGUCGUCGCCUUCGAGCCGAACCCGCGCCACCGCGCCUGGCUCACGCGGCAGGCCGUGGCCUACCAGAGGCGCGGCUGGCGCUACGUCGCCGUCUUCGCGGCCGUCGGCGCCGGCGCGUCCGACGCCACGUCGGCCGCCGCACGUCGAAGGCAGUGCAUAAAUCAAAUUGUCGCGACGCGUGCACCACGGCUCAACCAUGACCUCCACACCAUCGACGCGAGGCCGGCUCGAUGGUGUGGCAGUGGGGGUCUCUUACCGCUCGAUUCGGUCAUUCAUUACUGAAGACGGGCGCAUCGCGGUCACUAAACUUGAUCACGAUGGAGAAGCACCGCGCGAAGAAGGUCUGUCCCCUGCACUUCCUCGACGUCGUCGUGUCGCACGCGCAGUGCAAGGCCAUGGGCCGCGCGUGGAAGGGCCAGUUCGAGGGCCGCGGGACGCGACUCUUGUACCUGGACGACGAGUCCUACGCGUCUGACGAGGCGAAGCCGCUGCCCGAGUAA